UGUGUGUGAGAGAGAGAGAGUGAGAGAGAGAGAGAGAGAGAGAAAGUGGGAGCAAGGGAAGAAAAAAAGAAAGAAAGGAGGGAUGAAUACGAAAUGCAUCCUUUCUGUUUAUUAAAGUGCACUAGAUAGUGUACAAACAAAUGCUUGAGCACAGUGUGCAAGAGGACGCAUUCCCUACAUAGUGCACUAAAUGGUCAUUUGGGACGUGGCCCUGAAGUGAGAGAGGGGACAUUGUCCGGCGCGCGCACCCGAGAGAGAGAGAGAGAGAGAGAGAGAGAGAGAGACGGGGAGCGCGCGGGUUUACAGUGGCACAGCGCUCGCGAGCCAUCCAGACAUUUCCUCCACUUUUAAACUGAUUGAUUGAUUUAUUUGAAUUGGAUGAGCGCGUGAGGGCGGUGCGCGUAAAAACGAGCGCGCGGCAGCGGGAAUAACGGAGAUUUGGAGCACGCGGGAGGGAAAAAAAGUGAAGUUGAUGCGCGCAGAGACGGUGGGCGUGGCUUCAUCCUAACGUCCUGGGUUGUGUUUGAAGGAAUCGUGCGAGUGACAGCGAUACGAUGUCAAGAUCUGACGAGGUGAACAAAAUGACAGAAAACGUCUACAAGGGCAUCCUGGAGCAGUUUAACCCCAGUUUGAAGAACUUUGUCACCAUGGGGAAACACUAUGAGAAAGCACUGACAGGAGUGACUGUCGCAGCGAAAGGCUACUUCGAUGCUCUGGUUAAACUGGGAGAACUGGCCAGUGACAGCCAGAGCUCGAAAGAACUGGGUGACACGCUGUUUCAGAUGGCCGAAGUGCACAGACAGAUCCAGGUGCAGUUAGAGGACGUGCUGAAGCUGUUUCACUCUGAACUUCUCUCUCAGCUGGAACAGAAGCUUGACCUGGAUAUUAAAUUCCUCACCGCGACGCUGAAGAAAUACCAGAGCGAGCGGCGGUCGAAGGCGGAGUCGAUCGAACGCUGCCAAUCACAGCUCAAGAAACUGCGGAGGAAAAGUCACGGCAGCCGCCACCCGAAUAAAUAUGGAGACCGAGAGAUGCAGUUUGUGGAGCUGAUGAGUCGCAGGCAGACAGAGUUGGACUCUCUGGUAGCUGUGGGUUAUCGCUCGGCUCUCACUGAGGAGAGGAGGAGGUACUGCUUCCUGGUGGAUCGUCAGUGCUCAGUCGCCAAGCUGCUAAUAAACUACCACAACAAGGUGCGUGAACUCCUGUCGCAAAAGUUGUCAUCGUGGCAACAGUCAUGUUCCCAGCCAACAAAAUUACCAGAGCGAGCGCUGAACCUGCUGCGUCACACGGCCCCUCAGGGUGCCGGGGCUUCUGGGAUAGCAGAAGUCCUCCGACACACUAAACUGGGCUCUGCUCAGUCUGGAGAGCAGAGGCUGUCCAUACAGGAAGUCCCGCCCCUUCUGAACGGCGAGUCCAACAAUCGCUCCCAACAACAGCGCGGUGGAUCAUCUGUCUCAUCUGAUCCCACCCCUCGCUCACUCUCCACCCAAAACAGCACCACCCACAACACUAGCACCUCUUCUAGCCCCGCCCACCCACAGACUACCUCUGUGCAGCCAGGAAGUGUUUCUAGCUUGCUUUCUCCACCUUCUGGUUCUGCAUUUCUCUCUCUUAGCCCCACCUCUGCUUCAUCCCUUAAUUCUCUGCAGGCUUCGCCCCCUAACGCCCCCCAUACUCCUCCGUUGCCCCAUAGUGCACCUCUCUCUCGUGCCCUCACUCCCGUGCCACCCUCUGCCUUCUCUCCACCGGCCCAUAACCCUCUGCUGCCCAGGGCUGCCGACAUCUACGCAACCUCCACGCUGCCGUUACCAAGGAAACAGCCAAAUGAGUUGCGGACAGGAUUUAUGGGUUCCACCCUACCCCGUGUGCUCCCUCUCUGUCCUCCACUCCGUGUGGAGGCGCUGUUCGCUCACUCGCCCAGCUCUAGUGACAGGGCAGAAAAAGGAGAAAGAGGGGGCUCCUGUCUGCUGCCCUUCCUUCCUGGAGACAUUGUCAAUCUUCUAAUCAGCGAGCCAAGAGAUGGCUGGCACUACGGACAGAAUGAGAGAACUGGACGGAAAGGCUGGUUUCCCUUCUCCUACACACAACCGUUCCCAAAAACGUCGACACCGACACAGCACGACGCUGCCAGUCCUCUCAGUUCUCCUGGCCUGUCCAAGUUGACCAGUACGAGUAUGAGUCAGUUAGACAGGCUGCCCCCUGCAGGUGAGUUUGCGAAGCUCAGUCCAGACUCGGAGGAGGAGCGUGGGAUCAGCACGUUUAGGCCACGCCCCUACAGCAUGAUGAACCCUGACAUCAGACGCGUGAGUCCAGGCCACGCCGAGCAGAAGGGCAAAGAGCAGUUCCCCGGUGAUCGCUCGUCUCCUCCACCGUCUCCCACCAGGACCAAUCCGUUUGCUCAUAUCCGUCUGAGGAAGACGGUGACCAACGAUCGCUCGGCUCCGCUUAUCGAGUAGGGAGGAUCGUCUCUUUUAUUAACCUUUCCCUUUUGAUUGUUAGAAAAUAAUUAUUUUGAUAACUAAUUUUAAAUAACUUACAGACAUCUGAAAUAUGAAAAAAGGCGGUAAAUGUACAAAUCCUGUGAAAAAAAAAUCUUUUUAUUCACACAGCUACUUCUUUCUUUUGUUUUCUCUUUUUUCUCUUUUUCAUCUGAGCCACUGAUUGGUCCAUUUUUACUUAUUUAUUUUUUUUAGAUAUUUGUUGGCUUCCAUGUUGAUUAACAAAUUGUCUAAAUAAUGACUUAAUACUCAACCUAAUGAACACAUACUGUGAUGUGCCAAAAACGUUCUCUAUAUUCUCAUGUUUUGGAUCAGACAUGUGCCGGAAAUCAGGUUAUGUUGUGUACUUAAUAUAUUUAAAAACCAUUAAGUCAGCAUUCAGUUUAUUAUGAGGCUGCCUCAAAACCUGUUGUUUUUGUGUGAAAUCUCCAUGUUAGAGCUCUAGAUAGCUGAUGACAAUUCCAUUGUUCAUCCCAUUGUUCCAUUCCCAGCAGAUAAAGCAAACAUUUCCUGCCAAAAAAAAUAAAUCCACAGUGAGACGCUUCAUGUGUAAGUAAGUCCCUGUGUCAAAGUAUUGUUACAUUGCUUUAAAAGUUACACAAGUCACUGAUGCUGGCAUUGUGUUUUGUCAAAAAUUAUUCAAAGAAUCAAUAUCUCAGUUAACGAGUCAAUUAUCUCUAUACGUUAUCUAGCUACAAAUUUCUGUCAAACUUGAGCCAUUACAAUUUUCAUUACAUUACAAUCUUCUGUCAAAAAUUAAAGAGUGAGUCUAUCAAAUUUUAGCUAGCUACAUUUCUCUCAAAUGUUAUUGAUUUAGAAAUGUCUAUCCAUCGUUUUCUCACUAAUUACAGAUUUCCCUCCAAUGUUAGCUAGCUAAUUACAAAUGUCUGUCAAAUGCUAGCUAGAUAAUUACAAUUGUCUCUUACAUAUUAGCUAGUUAUGUUGUAAUUUUCUCUCAAACUUCAGCUAACUACAUUGCAAGCUUCUCUCAAUCAUUAUCUAGCGAAUUAGUUUUCUCUCACAUGAGUUACAUUACAGCUACAAUAAAAUUGUCUGUCACAAAUAAGCUAGUGAAUUACAAUUGUCUAUCAUAUUUUAGCUACCUAAUAACUUAGAAUUUUGUAUUCUGCUUGUAUUUUGCUGUAUUAUAAUUUUCUCUCAAACAUUAGCUAGUGAAUUAAAAUGUUACAAAACAUUACAAAACGUAACUAGCUAAUUACAAUAUUAUUUCAAAUAAUAGCAAUUAAAUUACAAUAUCCUUUCAAACAUUAGCUAGCUACAUUACAAUUUCUUCUCAAACCUUAGCCAGCUACAUUACAAUUUUCUCUCAAAUAGUCACAAGUGAAUUUUAAAUGUCUAUCAAGUGUUAACUAGAUCGUUUUUUCUCAGACAUUAACUGGCUACAUUACAAUUUUCUCUCAAACUUUAGCUAGUGAAUUACAAUUUUAUCUCAAACUUUAGCUAGUGAAUUACAAUUUUCUCUCACACAUUACUUGUCGCUGGAGUGGGGACUUCUGUAGUGUGCUUCCGUAGUGUACACUCUGUCACCUAUCUAGGACUCUAAUAUGGAGAUUUGUGGUUGUGCCUUGAGCCAUUUUGACUAUAUAUAUAUCCUCUCGAUUAUAUAGAUUUUAUAUCAUUUACCUUGUCUUGGCUUGCCUGUUCUGUUGAUGUAUUUAGUGAUUGUAGACAUAACAACUAAGUAAUGUUCAGAAAAAGACUUUUGUUAUUUGAUUUUAUAGAAUACAGUAUUUUGUCUUCUGAAGGAUCCAGGAAGUAAAAUUGUAGAAGGUCGAUUUGUGGGUAUGUUUUCUUGCUGAGGAAAGUUUGUUGAGAUAUUGAUGCUUAAUGAAUGUAGGGUCAUGUUUUGGAUAUAUAAAGUGUGAGUUUGUUUAAUGUUAAUGGCAUAAUCUUUACACAAAUUUUGAUUCUAUCAAUGUAUAUCAAUAUAUCUUACCUAUUUAUACCACUGCACUGUUGAAUUGUUGAUUCUGAUUGGUCAGAAGGUGCUGAUUAAUUUCCAAUAACAGCAGCUCUGGCAGUAGUGCAGCUGCAGAUCACAGGUUUAUAUUAAUGCGCUUGUAUUAAUACGUUAUCAUUUCCAUAGUAACUUACACAGGGACUUGUAUGGCGGAUAAUAAAAUAAAAUAUUCAGUUUUGCCAUGGUAACAAUAACUCUGCUUCGCCUAGGGUCACAUCACACAACCCGUUGUUGAUCAUUUUCCUAUAACAUGUUUUAUUCAGAGCAGUAUAUCCAAAAUCCCAUAAAAAAUUAGCUAACAUUAGCUGACAUCCUUUAAAAGAAGCACAUGUCUACAGCGAGGAUCGUUUUGAACAGCGACCACGGCGCGAAAAUAUAUUCUCUAAUAAGUGGCGAUUAUCGGGGGGCCAAGCACCAAGUAAAACCUGCAAGAAUCCUGUAAUCUGUAAUCAGCCUAAGUGUAAUAUUCACAUGAAUGUAAAUGUGUUUAAUGAUGUUUGGUAACAUUUAAGAAGUUUAACAGUGUGAUGUUGCUAUCUAUAGGCCAAAUUAAUGUCGGAAUUAUUAAAUAGACAGAUAUUUGGUAAGAUUUGUGGAGGUUACAGAUGCGAUAUUAAAACAUCAAGCUAUAUAGCGUUAUGUUAACGAUAUAGCAAAAUCGUAACUGACAUUUUAUGAAACGUGUGAAGGUCAAGAAUGUGCAGACCGAUGGUGACUUGGGAAAGUGAUUAAGAAAGUUUGGGAAAGUGCCAAUGUGUUAGAGGAAGAAGAAUUUGACCUAAUAUUUACUUUCAUUUGAUUGCUUUCUCUUUAUUGGAGAGAGUUUCAGACGAUUAGAGGCCAUUUUUGCUUGUAGUCAGUAGCUAGCUAUUAGAUAAUAGUCUGCUAGCUAAUCAACUGAUUAGCAGUUAGCUUAUGAGAUCGAAACUAUUUAAUUAUACAUUUAUUAAACUGUUCUCCCAAAUGCUCUCGAUUUAUUUUGAAUCAAACAUCAUGUCUUAUUUUUGAGUUUCAAACCUUAUGUCUGAGAGAAAAGGGUGAAAUUUGCGAUAGCUGGAACAUUUAACGUGAUUAAGUUUGAUUAUUUUGGUCAUUCUUAAAUCCGUGGUUAUAUUGAGUGUAUGAAUGAAAUGCUUUUGAUUUUUUUUUUGCUCAAGUAGGACCAAAAAUCCUGUGAUGUGAGUUAAGCGUAACAUCUCCAGAUUUUUAUUUUAAGAUUUCUAUUCUUUUUUUGUUCAAAUUUGGGAUUUUAAACGAAGUGCAGAGUGAAAACGUAAAUUAACUGUUAAUUCAGUUCUUUGACAUCAUUUUUAUUUUGGUUUCCUUUUCUCUCAGGGGAAAGGUGGAGUUUAAUUUAAAGUGUUGUAACCACUUGUUGGAUGUUUGUCUCAUGCAGUGUUUAUGUCUCGUGCCUAUAUUCAGUUAUACGCUAUAUUGCAAUUUUUAACAUGCACAGUAUUGUUACGCCUUAGAAAUCUCGUCAUUCCUCUGACUGGGGAUUUUUUUUUUUUGCAAUGUAAUGUGAUUAAAAAGAAAAUAUGUAAUGUAUUGCAAUAAUUUUUUUAAUUGGCACAUGCCUAUAUAAAUUUGAAAUUUAUGUAAGCUUCAAAUCUUUUGACUUCUAAAUGUUUUUUUUUUAAUUUAGACUUUUUUGAUAUGUGACAUCUGUUUUUUUCUUAAAUCUGUGCCUAAAUCCUAUAAAAGUGACUGAAUGUUGUCCACUGAAAUGUAUUUCCUUCACUGCUGUAUGUACAAAACUUUCAAACAUUUUUGAUAAUUAUAGUGCACAUUUUGUACUGAAUAUGUUUUCAAGGAAUAACUGUGAUUAUGGACUGUUUUAUCUCUUCAUUUUCAGUAUUAUUAUGAAUUUUUUUCUUUUGUAAGAGAUUAGUUAAGAUAUUAGUAAAGUAAAUGAAACUAAUCAGUAUUAAUUAAGACAGAGUCCAAAAGAAAGUCAUAUUAUGAAUGUGUUUUGUUUUAUAUUGAUGCUGAUUAUAAACUCUGUUAUAUGCUAAAGGAUUAUUAAGCAUAUUAAUCGCUUGUACAGGUUUGUGUCACGGUGUGUAUGCUGUCAUUUCACGCUGUUCAUUAGCUAACACGCUGUGUAAGAAUUCAAAUUAAAAAAAAAAAAAUCUCAAUCAACAUUUUGGAUUAUUGUGAUGUCAUAUUUACACCAAACUGGUGUUGUUUGAGGGUUCAUGUGAUCAUCUGAGCCAAAAUAUACGUCUACACAUGCCAAAAAGCUAAAAUAACAUCACAGCUUUCUCAGGCUCAGGAUCACACCAGAGACCCUAGCGCUGAAAGAUAGUGCCUCUAUCACAACUCUGUAGCUGUAACUCUGAUUUACUUUUUGAAUAUUUUCUGUUCUGAAUAAUUAAGCAACCCAAGAUAAACCCACCAAAAUAAAAUAAAAAAGCUGGUUUGUUUGUGUGUACUGGUGGCUCAGUGGGCUGGGGUGCAGGGUUUGCAGUGCCAGGGUUAUGGUUCAAACCUUGCCUCAGAUGGUAUUGUCUGUCUGUGUGCGUGUGGUAAAAGAUCAGCUCCCUAAAAAUAACACACCUUGUUUGAAGGUAGUUGUGGCUCACAUGUCUAAGGGUGAGUCCCUCUGUGGUGUAAUCCCACAUAGGAUUGAGACUAGCUGAACCUGGUGGGGCACUAAAUCUGGCAAAGAGAGUGGAAGCCAGUAUGUCCCACCUGGGGCUCCUGGAGAGGUAGACAAAGUAAUAAAAAUAUAUUUUUGUUACUUUAUAUAUAUAUAUACACCCACACACAAUAUUACUAUUCACUGUUAUAGAUCAACCAACCAACCAUCAAUCGCUGUUAUAUAUCAACCAACUACACUGUUGCCUUAUAUUACAAUAAUCACUGUUUUUUCUUGUGCUACACGCUUUCACUUCUAGCUACUCUUAUUAUUUAAAAAAUCUUUUUGUCCACAUUAGCAUAAACCCUUGCAUCCCUUCACACA